AUGUCGCUCAAUCACAAGCUCCGAUCACCGUCCUCCCCGUGCCUCCUCUUCUGCUGCUUCCAGGACGGCCACGCCGCCGCUGCCGCCGCCUACCACGAGGCCGCCUCCUCCUCGGACGAUUGCGACGACGGCAGCAACCCCCGCGAGGCGGCUCGGUUGCCCUGCUCGAUCCGUUACAAGUGCCGGAGCCUCGUCGCUCGGAUCGGGAGGUGCCGGUGGAGGCAGGGCCACGUCGCCGGGGCGGCCUCGGAGUUCGGGUACGAUCCCAUGAGCUACGCGCUCAACUUCGAGGACGACCGGAGCUGGGAGUCGGACGAGGAGCUCCCGGCUAGGAACUUCUCGGCGAGGCUGCCGGCAUCUCCGGAUCGGUUGCUGCCGGCGAAGUUGCCGAGGGAAGUUGUAGCUUGUAGUUGA